AUGAUCUAGGCGCUUAGUUGUGUAUCAUCAUCCUGGUAGCAGAAAACGACUUGGAAACUACUAGCAGUAUGUCAGUCCGGGGUGUUAUUUAUCACUUACAGUCAUGAAGGAAGAAACCGAUGCAUUUCCGAUCAGACGGGACAUUCUUUCACGAUGAGAAUUCAUUGCAAAAUUGUGGUGAUUGCAGUAUGUUUCGGAGUUUUUCUACUUUUGUACUUUUUAGGGGGGAAUGCCGCAGACGAGCCGCCUUUGAAAGAAGUUGAGAAAGACAGCUACUUUCAAUCCUCCUCUGGACCUGGAAACAUAGUUUCAGUGAAAUUGCCAAAAAAGUCACAUGAAGAACCUCAUAUAGCCCCCAAACACCCACGUCUGAACCGAAAAGACGUGAAAAUAUCCAUCAGAGGAAGCGAUGUCAACGCAAAGCUUAGGCAGAAGAGUGAUGUGGGGCGCCUUGUGGCAAAGAGCGGCGGCCGGGUGUCAGACAGCAGCAUCAUGCACUUGGCCGUGGUGGCCUGUGGGAACCGGCUGGAGGAGACUCUCACCAUGGUCAAGUCUGCCUUGAUCUUCAGCAUCAAGAAGAUCAAGUUUCACAUCUUUGCCGAGGAGGACCUGUCCUCGGAGUUUGAAAAAGGGCUGAGCCAAUGGCCCCGUCCUUUCUCGGCCAAAUUUCAGUACAGCAUCUACCCCAUUACCUUCUCUGUGGGGAAUGCAGACGAGUGGAAGAAGCUUUUUAAACCGUGUGCUGCUCAGAGACUCUUCCUGCCAGUCAUACUGAAGGACGUGGAUGCUCUGUUGUAUGUGGACACCGAUGUGCUCUUCCUGCGGCCAAUGGAUGACAUCUGGAGCUUUUUCAAAGCCUUCAACAGCACCCAGCUGGCUGCCAUGGCUCCGGAACAUGAGAUCCCAAAAAUUGGCUGGUACAGCCGCUUCGCCAGGCAUCCGUUCUAUGGGGUGACGGGCGUCAACUCUGGUGUGAUGCUCAUGAACCUCACCAGGAUCCGUAGCACCCUGUUCAAGAAUAGUAUGAUUGCCACUGGUCUGUCAUGGGAGGACAUGCUUCAUCCCCUUUACCAGAAGUACAAGAACCACAUCACAUGGGGUGACCAAGAUCUCCUCAACAUUAUUUUCCACUACAACCCAGAAUGUUUGUACACAUUUCCAUGCCAGUGGAACUACAGGCCGGACCACUGCAUGUAUGGCAGCAACUGCAAAGGGGCAGAAGAAGAGGGUGUGUCAAUUCUUCAUGGAAAUCGAGGGGUGUACCAUGAUGACAAGCAGCCAGCCUUCAAAGUAGUGUAUGAUGCCAUACACGAUUAUCCUUUUGAGGAGAAUCUUUUCCAGUCACUCUUCUUCCCUCUUCAGACCAAGUUUCUUGACACCGUGAAUACACUGUGUGGUCGAAUUCCACAGGUAUUUCUGAAGCAGGUGGAGAAGACCAUGAAGGCUGUGUAUGAGAAGAGAGUGGUCAGGCAUGUUAACCAUCCACCUGUUUAACAGCUUUGAACCACAUUGGUG